AUGAGGUUAUUGAAAAAAGUGGGAGACUUGCUGGACACAGCCGAUGAAAAAACAACAGAGGCGAAUCUGGACACAUUGACGAGGCAUGUGGGAGAUGCCUUCGGAGGCAACUCGAACGAGGCAAGUGGACUCAAGCUGGACCUGGGCAUCGUCGAGGGCCUGGCCGACCUCAAAAACCAGAUCGGCACGGACUUGAAGGGCCUGGGCGUGCCGCGCGACAGAGGCACGGAGGUGGACACUGGCGUGAGGUUGGCGGCCUUGAAGGAGCGAGUCGAGGAGCUACACGCCAAGGAGGCCGAGAGAGCAGAACACCGCAGUCGAUUGCAGACACAGGUGCUCGAGGUAGAGCGUGCCAUCAACGAGAGGCGCCGCACAGCGGAGGCGCCCACCACGCGACAACCUGUUCAGGAAUCCCGAUUGGAGGAGCUGAGACGCGAAUUUCACGAUCGUGAGGCACAAGCAUUGCAGCGUGAGGGGUCUAUUGCCGCGACCACCACCCAGAUCGCAGCCAACAAUGAACACCUGACACAGCAGCUCGACUUCUGGAAAGAGAAGGCUAGCCAGCUGUUGGCUUCUCUUGGCUUGGAGACUGUGCCCGAGGAAGUGGAGCACGCAAUUGCUCAGCUGGAAGAAGGUCGUGAGCAGAAUGAAUCAGCUGACCAGGUGAAAUCAACCCCGGCAGCUAGCACAUCAGAUGCCAGCGUUGUGAAGGAGCAUGCGGAUGAGCAAUGUGCAGUGCAGGACUUGGAAGCCAUGCUGGCAGAGUUGAUGCGGAGAUCCGAGGAGAUAAUGGGUCGCGUUGAGCAGCAGCGACACCAAGAACGGGAUUUGCUCUGGCAGCUCGGCAACGCGCAGGAGAUGGCAGCCAAGGAAGCCAAGGCAGUUUCAGAAUGCCAGUCCCAGCUGGAGAUGCGAGAGACAAAGGCACGCUCACAACGAGUGAGUAUGCAAGCGGCUGCCACACCGGCUAGGAUGGACGAAGUUAUGCAGCUGCGAGCUGAGGUGGAGUCUUUGCGUUCAUGCCUUGAGUCCAGUACAAAGGAGCGCAGGAAGCUUGAGGCGCAGCUCGGAAAGCACCGCGCAGCGGCGGCAGCCGACCUGGAGCGAGCAGUACCGUCGUCGACCACAACAUGCUGGACUUGGCUGGAUGUUCCACUCAUGAGGCUGGUAACGCUGCUGGUGAAGUCGACCUGCUUGCGAAGAUCCUUUGCUUUGCACUUGUUGGCCACGUACUCCUGGCUGUUCUUCCUGGUGUUCUGGCUGGAGAAGCACCCAUGA